AUGCCACCCACGAGUAUGUUCCUAUACAUCCGGAAGACACUCUUUCUAGAUUUCUCGCACAAGGUGGGACACCAGUUGACCAACAUGGUAGCUGCUAACCAAUCUUCGACAGACAAGCAUUUAGGCGCGGUCGAAAUGACCACACCGCUUGAACUCGCCGCCAAGACGCCUUACACGAAGGAGAGACAGCAAGCAGACGAUAUCCCUCUGAAGCUUUGCCAGAAUCUGAUGGACAUGGAGAUGCAAGCAUCCAACGUGUUAAGUGAAAGAGCAUUCACCUACUUCCAUUCAGCGGCUGAAACUCUGAGUGCUUUGGAAGCAAACCGGAGAGACUGGGCAAAAGUUUCGUUCCGCCCCCGAGUACUCAGAAACGUUACUCAAGCGGAUAUGUCGUGCAGAAUCAUGGGACAACGCAGCAGUCUCCCAAUCUUCAUCUCCCCCAUGGCAAUGAUCAAGCUGGCAAACAAAGACGGCGAGGUGGCUUUUGCACGUGCGGCGGGGUCAAAAGGCAUCCCAUCCGCUUUCAGCACUUACACAUCCUGCUCACACGAGGAGAUUAUGCAAUGCGUCAGAGCUGAAGGGCUGCCACAUACGCAAUUCUUCCAACUGUACGUACCAAGGAAACGAGAAAACGCAAAGGAGCUCAUCCGCAUGGCUCGCCGCUUAGGUUUCAAGGCAUUGCUUGUGACCGUGGAUACGCCUGUUGUCGGCAAGAGGGAAGAAGACGAUCGGUACAAGGCUCGAGUGGAGUAUCAAUCUGGUGUGGAGGACACACCUCGGACGCUGGACACCUCGCCAUCAGAAGAGAAGCCGAUUCUCCGAGGAGUCCACUCAUCAACCUUGAACUGGGAUGACUUGGGCUGGAUUCGAGACACCUGGGGAGAUGCAGGUCCCAUUGUUUUGAAAGGCAUCCAGAGUGCCGAAGACGCCUUGCUCGCAUACCGAGCUGGGGUAGACGGUAUCUACCUCAGCAACCACGGUGGCCGACAGCUUGAUUUCGCACCGAGUUCAAUACAGACCUUGCUCGAGAUCCGGAGAUUCUGUCCUGAGAUUGUUGGCAGAAUAGAUAUAUUUCUCGACGGCGGCGUAAGAAGAGGGAGUGAUGUCCUCAAGGCCAUAUGCUUAGGAGCCAAGGCUGUGGGCAUUGGGCGGCCAUUCGUCUAUGCGCUCGGCGCCUAUGGACAACAAGGUGUCGAACGCGCGAUCGAACUGCUUAGUGAUGAGGUGGAGACGACGAUGAGGCUGCUUGGGGUAAACAGCUUGAAUGAGUUGAGCUCCUUCUAUGUCAACACCAAGGAGCUGGAGAAGAGCAUCGUAGACGAAAUAGAUACGAAGCUUCGCCAACAGAGGCAUGCGGGGGCUCGCCUGCACGGCUCUCGCGAGCACGUUGCAACUCUUCAGGAACAGGUCCGAUCGCUGGAGGCUUUGGUGCGCCAAAUCAUUCCGGAUGGGAAUGCUUCAGUCGGCGCUAGUCAGGCAGCAGAUACACCACAUUUGAACGCGGAGAAAGCUGCAGCUGUUACCACCGUACCCGAUCCUGAGGAUAUACAAGGGUCGCAGGACAGUGCCUUCGUUGCUGCUUACCAAGCCUCGUCCGUGGUUGGACAGUCGAGCACAAAAGCUCAUCAGUCCCGUCGACGCAGUGAAGGACAACCACGUCCACAAACAGCUGACAUCGCUAUUAGCAAGCUCUUGACCAAGGAGGGCUCGGUCCAUGGCACAACUCCUGCCAUACCAGAGUCCCGACGCGACUCUCCAUACGUGAACCAGAUUUCGCAGAGCGAGCCUGAACUAAGGCCGAAUAUGGCCAGCUUGAGCCCCAUCGAUAACCAAAGGCGGAGCCAUACAUCCCAGGUCUGUAGUAGUGGAGUUAAUGGCGAGGAGGGGAUUUCGGAAGAAUCUGGCAUAUACUUUGGCCCGACGUGUCAACUCCACGUGUCAUCACCUUCUGAUGUGGUGAGAAGCGUGUCAAGUAUCCAUCCUCCGCCUCCCGGCGGCACACAGAUCGACAUGGACUCGGACCGCCUGAAAACCCUCCUGUUCAACAACUACUGCAACUUUCAGACCCUUUCUGUCACCAUCAUUCACCGAGAACUCUUUCUGUCGCACCGAGCGCGAGGCUUGCGAUCACAGCAUUACUCUAGGUUCCUGGAAAACUCCAUGCUGGCGUGCAGUGCACGUGUGAGUACUUCUGUGGCUGUCCGCGCAUUGGGAUCGAGCUAUGCGAUGCGCGCCAAGUCAGAAAUAGUGUCAGAGUUAGAAGAUCCCAACGUUGCGACGCUGCAGGGAAUGCUACUCCUAAGUGACUACGAGAUGACUGAAGGGCGGGAUCGAGUCGGCUGGAUGUACUGUGGUAUUGCGUGUCGACUCAUUGUUGACCUUGGUCUACACCACACGUGGAGCAAGAACAGUGACCGAGAUGCCUUGAACGUCCAUGCAGGCAGGUUCCGCGGCUCUGUCGCAUUAGGCUGCUUCGUGUACGAGACCCUUUGGAGCUUGUACCUGGGACGUCCGAGCCACAUAGCGAUCCUGGGCCCGUCCCUGUCUUCGUAUGCUGGCCAUGUGUCUGACAGCCCGACUCUGAAGGCGUGGUUUGACUUGUGUGUGCUCAUCGCCGAGAUCACGACAAUCCUCGACAAGGACUCGCCCAUGCAGGCAAGCACGCUGAACCGGCUGUCGGAACUAGACGUCAAGCUGCGCAGGUGGUAUGCAUCACUGCCCGCAGACAUCGCGCUUGAUUAUGACAACGUCUCUGGACUGGACGCCGUCGCGUACGGUCUGCAUAUGCAGUACUUACGAGUGCAGAUGCUCCUGCAUUCCCUGCCAAUAUCAACCCACCGGAAGCGCAAACAAAAUGAGGGUGACGACCAGCCUCCGGUUCUCCGCAACUGGACCGCCGAGUCUUCUCGUGAGCUUGUGCAUCACAACGCGGUGAAGAUCGCCCAACUGGGAAUCACUUACAGACAGAUUUUCGGGGUGGAAAACACGCCGUCUGUGAUGCUGGACAAUCUAUACGUGGCCGCGACCGUCUUGAUCUCCACCUUUCUGGGAGCCGAGCACUCUUCUGCUGUCGACGACAACGAUCUCCGGUGGCUCCGGCUGUUGGAUGAAAUGAUGAAGGACCUACAACCUCAUUUCCAUAUCACCGCCCGGAUGAGGCGAACCCUCGCCCGGAUUGUCGAAGGCUGUUCCCUGCUUGCUGAUGUCUUCACGGACGACGUGCGGACAACAUCUCCUGCGCAAUACAAUAGCAAUGACGGAAGCCUGGACACUGCACACGGCGGCGCUUGGGGUUCUCUCGAAGCGGCCGUCAACGACUUUGUACUCGACCCCAGUCUCUUCAACUUUGUCGACUUUGAGUUGGUUGGCGAUGGUGGUGGAUGA